UUCUACUUCCGGUCGGCCGGUCUCCCGCUCGUCACACGUCGAGUUAGGAAAAUAAAGGAGGAAAAUCGCCUGGAGUUUCCUCUCAGAAUCCGUCCGCCUUCUCCGAGCGCGGCAGGAACGGCGGACCGGGUCUUGGGGAGGGAGGGUUUUAUUCCCGGCUCCGGUCUGUUGUGGAGGUGUUGGUCACGUCAGUAGGGAGGGGAGGGUUGCAGCGGACAAUCCGGGCCGGUGGGUGGGGAGGCAACAGGUACCCACUGAUUUAUAUCCCCACCUGUUUCCCUCAACCCAUGUUAGAUAUCUUCAUGGGACGAUAGAUUUCCUCAGAGGGCUCCUCCUGGACGCGGCGCUGGGAUUCCAGGGUUAGAGUGACACUCCAUUACCCCCGGGGGAGGGGGGCGUCUAAGGUGGCGGUGUCGUUGCCUUUUGAAACCAUCGGGUCGGGGUUGAUGGCAGAUGACAACGGCCAAGGGGUUUAUCUGUUAGUUACAAGGUUCAAAGGUGAAGGGACGUUACCUUUGAGCCCAACUGGGGGUGGCGAAUGAUAAAAAUCUGUCGGAAUAGUCGUAAAAGUUUGCAGUAGGGGUUAAAGGUUGCUUGUAAAGGACAAGCUUUUUCAACCCAAAGUACCUCAGCAGGGAGAGCAGGGACUGGAUUUUGUCUGGAUGAGGGGGAAAGGACGUGAUCUUUGAACCCAACUGCUCUGGGUUGACAGAUGUUAAAGGUCAAUGGGGGAAUUACUCUAAAAGUCCUGAGUAGGUGUUUAAAGGUGGAGAGGCAAACUUGUUCAACCCAAAGGACUGUAGGAGAAGGAGUGGGGACUGGGUUUUGUUGCUAGUUUAGACUAGAGGGAAGCAAGGCUAGAUAAUCCUUUGUCCGGAUAACUCAGAAGGGAAUAACAGCCACCCUGCCCCCUAGUUAUCCAGGAGCCCACGAUGAGGGCAUUUGGAGUCUCCACAUCCAGAUGCCCCUGAUCUGAGCACCAAGUUAGAGAGGACGGGCUGCUGCUGAAGACGGGGCACGGGAAAAUUGAAUUCUGGUCCCCUGUCAAUGCAGGGAGCAAAGAUCCUAGACCUCACAUUGUGAGUUUUCUCUGUGGAAGACAUCAAGUGGCUACUGAUCUGCACCCUCCUCCCUGCCCAGAGGGAGAGGCACCUGACGGAAGUGUCACCAUCGCCCAUAACCGCAGCCUGUUGUGUCUGCAGAACCAGCCAUCCAGCCUAAUAGCACUUCUCAACUCUCAGCAAAUCUGUUAAAGAGAGAAUUAACAAGUGAAUUGGUCCAUCAAAGCUGUCUGCAACUUGGAGUAAAAGUUAAAAUCGUGGACAAUGCUUGAAGAUUAAAGGAGUGGUGGAAUUAUUGUCAGCGUUUCUAAGGACGGGAUUCACUGGCCGUGGAGAUAUUACCAGAACUUUUCCUUCACCUGGGGCCAGUAGGGGUUGGUCAUGGACGGCACUGACUUUGGUCAAGGUGACAGAAAAGUGGCCACCAUGUCUGGAGUGGAUGCGGAUGUGAAGCCCAAGUCAGUGGGCGCCGAGCUAUCUGCUUCCGGAGACCCCGGUGAGACUGAGCAUCCGCAGGGAGAAGGAGAGCAGGCCCAGAAAACUUCAUCCUCUGAUCCCGCCGAGAAGCUGGAAGAGGAUCUGAGACCGGGAGCUGACACCCAGGCAGCGGACGACAGCAAGGAGUCGGCGACCAGUGGAUUGGCCUCGGUGGAGUCCGAAGGGGAUGUGGCCAGCCUGUGCUCCCAGGAGGAGGCGGACGGGGAGGACCAACAGGAGGCCGAGUGCCCACUGGCCGAGAGCACAGAGUCCGACCAGAUCUCUGCCCCAUCCCUGGGGAGCUGCAGCGAGAUGGAGCAGGAGCCCUUGCAGGGGGCCGCACCGAAGCCCGAGGUCCAUCGAAGUGACCCCAGCAACACUUUCUAUUACGUGAAGUGGAUCAGCUGGAAGGGAGAAAAGACUCCUAUAAUCACCCAGAGUGAAAACGGGCCCUGCCCGCUCAUCGCCAUCAUGAACAUCUUGUUCCUGAGGUGGAAGGUGAAGAUACCGCCAAAGACCGAGGUGGUAUCAGUUGAGCAGCUGAUGAUCCUCCUAGGUGACUGUGUACUCAACACCAAGCCAAAGGAGAGCUCAGAGGGCCUGCAGCUCAACUUCAACCAGAACAUGAACGAUGCCAUGGCUGUUCUACCCAAGCUCUCCACAGGGCUGGAUGUAAAUGUCCGGUUCACAGGAGUUGGUGACUUUGAGUACACCCCCGAGUGCAUUGUGUUCGACCUGUUGGAUGUCCCUCUCUACCACGGCUGGCUUGUUGACCCCCAGAGUCAUGAGAUUGUGCAGGCAGUCGGGAGGUGCAGCUACAACCAGCUUGUGGAAAAGAUCAUCAGCUCCAAGCAGUCCACGGACAGCACACUGGUCAGUGAAGGGCUGGUCGCAGAGCAGUUCCUAGAUGCAACUGCCACGCAGCUGACUUACCACGGUCUCUGCGAGCUCACGGCUGCAGCUAAGGAAGGGGAGCUGUGUGUCUUUUUCCGAAACAAUCAUUUCAGCACGAUGAUUAAGCACAAGGGACACCUCUACCUUCUGGUGACCGACCAGGGCUUCCUGGCCGAGCAGAAGUUAGUGUGGGAGAGCCUGCACAAUGUGGAAGGCGAUGGCAGCUUCUGUGAUGCGGAGUUCUGCCUCAGUCACUCCACUGGACGUCAGCUUGCCUACACUGCCAGUCAGCCACCCCAGCAGCAGAUCGACCAGGAUUACAUGGUGGCACUGUCCCUGCAACAACAGCAGGGCCCUGGAGACCUCAGUGACCUGGAACUGGCCCGACAGCUGCAGGAGGAGGAGGACCGACGAGCGGUCCGGUACCUUCAAGAGCAGGAGCACCAGGCCCAGCCGCAGGCAGCAGCUGCACGCCAGCCCCCGGCCGCUGGACGCCAGGGAGGCUCUGAGCGCCGGCAACAUCGAGAGCGAGAAAAGACCAAAGAUUGCACCAUCCUGUGAGCUGCCACCUUAUCCAGUCUGGGUUCCCACUGCUGUGGUCAGCCACUCUUCCCAGUCCAUGUGGGGCUGGUGCCUCACCUCUACUCUAUAUAUGGGGCAACUUCUGAAAACACUACCAAGCGUCGAGAGUCAAGGAGGCAGAGACGCUUUCAUUGUGGGUCCUCGACCUUCCAGUGGAUCCUGGGCAGGAGCGGUUGCCUGGAUACCUUCCAGGAGAUUACCAGUUGACCCUUCCUUUUCACCCUAUUGGUUAAUGGAUGUGUUUGCCCUUGGCACCUGUGGCCACUUAGAAAGCCAUUUACUCUCUCUCAAUAUAUUUUCAGCUUUUAUUUUAAUUGAGGUUUCUUUUUUUGCAAGAAAAUUAUUUUAACCCUUUGCUUUCCACCCUCUGGCCUGAUCCUGGAGAUUUCAGGGCAAUGAUGGGUGGCUGGUAUAGCCCCUUAGGUUAGAAGAGGCUGGCAAUGUCUGCUCUGUGUCCCAAGGACAGAGAUGGACCAUGCUCGGUAAGGUGAUACUUAGCUGCUUGGUAGAGAAAACACCACCUUCGGGAGAGAUUUAAAGACCACUGGCUUUUUGUGGGGUGGAGGGUCCUUUAUUGAAAUCCUCCCACUGUUUAAACAAAUUCAGAAUCACCCCCUGAGAAAAUAUUGUUAACCUCAGCAUCUGUCAGAGUUGUAGAGACAGUUGAACAGGUGACCCACCCAAUACAGAAACUCACUCUUACAGAAUUUACCACCUAAAAAUCUGAGGCUUGGAAUAAAAUUUACUGUCAUGGAAUUUAAAUAGAAAAUAAAUCAACACAACAUUUUCCCCAACCUUGUGUCCUGACACAUGUCCAGAUGAUGUUAUGUAAAAUCAGGAUAUGGCCUGUCUAUUAGGAACGCAACGCUGUGCUUUAACGCCAGGUCACCUGUACAACACAGAGACAGACUCACUGUAUCCGUGUCGCCCACAACAUUGACCCCGUUUCCCAACUCUUGACCCAUCGUCUUAGACCAUAAGAUAUAGGAGCAGAGUUAUGCCAUUCAGCCCAUCUAGUCUCUACCAUUCCAUCAUGGCUAAUUAAAAAACAGAUCAGUCUUUUCAUACAUCUUCAGAUGGGUUCUCUUGGAGCGGGUUUUUUGCCAAAUGCCAUUUCAAGGAAGGGUAUUUGUCAGUUCUUGCCAAAGCAAGGCCGCAUCAGAUGACCUGCUCCGACUUAUUGGUUAGACCUGGGCCAGGCUGCUUCCUGUCUACGGGAAGCAGAGUGGAAAAUCGAGUCACGAUGGUGGGGAGGGAGAGGUACAAAAGGGAGAAAGUAACUAGGAUCAUUUUGAGGUUAAUGGGUGCAGAGGGAACAAAAAUUAAACCCAGGACCUAGAAACCAUCUUAACUACCCACUCACCUGAGUCCAGACAACUACAUUCAUUCUAUAAACUUGCACUCAGUGGGGGGGGUGGGGUGUGUGAAAUCUUUAGGUUUUACCCAACCUUUGAAAAGAUAGUUGCCUUCAACAUCCUGGUCAUCCCUCCUUAAGGGGAUGAUGUCACACUUUAAGGUCUGUCUGUCUUUGGAAAUAACUCAGGCAGAGAACUUGGUUUCUCUCUCCCUACAACCUAUUUGGUUCUUUGAUCUAAUGAAACUUUUCCAUACAAUCAAUUGCUUGAAGAAGCCCUUUCUCAUCACCUCCCUGCCCAAGUUUGUGAGAGAAAGCAGGUGAAAUGCAGCAGGCGCCUGGAAACUGAAGGAUGCUCAGAGAUGUCGCAGACACUCACCGGGCCUGGCCGAGAGCAGCAGGAUGUAACCAGAGCUUUGACCAAGUUGGAACAUGGGCCAGUCGACACGCAGACACUGUCUGGAGUCAAAAUGCAGCUGGGAGUGAAACACAUUGGGCUUCCAACAUUACAGAUCAGGCAGAACCUUGCCUGUUGCCCUCGGAAAGAGCUGUACCAAAGUCACUAAUCCUCCACCACACCUCCCCAUUCCUCCCAGUCACUUAAACCUCUCUCUCCUCCUUAAACUUCAAUUCUCACCAAACUGUCCAGUGGUGAUGGUCCAGGGGUCCAAAGGGUAUGACCCUCUCUGAAUAUCAAACCCAUCACUCCAUUCCAACCCAGUCCUCUACUGACUAAACCCUUCUCACACUAUUGCCCCCUUCCUCCCUCAGUCCCAUCCUACACUACUAAACUUCUUCCUCGCCUUCUCAGCCACCCCCAGGGUCAAUUAUCAACGGGUCUUACAGCAGGAUUGUUUGACAGGCUUGAACGCCUUACGGUUUAGUUUUGGAAAUCACUAAUAAAAUAGUUAUUAGAAUCUGCUUGGUCUCAUUAGUUCCUUUAUUUCCAAAUGGUUCUUCUUCACUUUCCAGACAGAUGAGGGUUGUCAGUCAUGAUUGGCAGCUCAUCUAGGAGAAGGAAAACUCUGACCUCAAACCUCCAUUGUCUUGUGGCUAUACUCACUCGCGGGGAAGGCUUUGGGGUUAAUCCCCGAAGAAAACUCUGGAGCCCUAAGUCAGUUCAAUGCUGACAGGCAGCUUCUGCAACACUGCUCAUGACAACUGUAUUGGUUUCUGCCGUUCCUUUGAAUUCAUCAUGGAGAGUGGGAGCCUGCUGCAUGGGCAACAGCUUGCUCUCUGUAUUGUACUGCCUAGUUUGUGUAUCACAUGGACAGCUCAGACACAUUCAUGAUCAGCCCCCCCCC